AUGUCUGGAGAAAUGAUAGAGAACGCGAUAAGAUGUGGAAGGAUUGAAGCAGGGGAAAGUGCUAAGAGACCAGCCCCGAGAAGGAAAGAGAAUGAUGUGAACAACACGAGUAUACAUAAUAAGCCAGUCACUAUGAGCCAACCAAAAGUGGUGACUACUAGCCAUCAGGGCUUCGCAAGACGAGACUUCAACCCAAGGCAUAACACGGAAAGGGUCCAGUUUACGCCUAUCCCGAUGUCCUACAAGGAAUUGUACCAGAGUUUAUUCGAUGCCCAUGUAGUGUCGCCCUUCUAUCUAAAGCCGAUGCAACCCCCAUUCCCCAAAUGGUACGACGCAAACGCCCAAUGCGAAUACCAUGCAGGAGCCACAGGGCACUCGAUAGAAAACUGUACCACUUUCAAGAAGCUGGUUGAAAGACUCAUCAACAUGGGUAUCGUGAAAUUCGAUGAUACACCUAGUGGAGAAAACCCGUUACCUAAUCAUGGGGAUAAGGGUAUAAAUGCCAUAAUCGAGAGUUCAGGGAAGGAAAUUAAGAUGAAUGUUGCAGAAGUGAAUACUCCACUAAAAGAAGUAUGGAAGAAAAUGGUGGAAAAAGGGUUGGUAACACAGAAUUCAAGGGACAGACACCAAGGAGCAAAAAGUUAUUGCGAGUUCCAUAAUCAAGAGGACCAUGAGAUUCAGAAAUGUCGCGAAUUCAGGGCUCUAGUACAAGGGUUAAUGGAUAAUAAGGAGCUGGAAUUCUUCAAGUAUGCUAGGAGCCCAGAAAGAACAGACGUGUGUGCUUCAGAUGAAGGGUCGACGAGAAACACUUGUAAAAUCAACCACCCAUUGGUUAUCAUAUCACGCUUAAGAACUAAUGAAGACGGGACACAAGUCACCCCCAAAGUCGUGAUCCAGAAGCCCGUUGCUUUCCCUUAUAAAGAUAGCAAGAGGGUACAAUGGAAUUACAGCUGCAAUGUGACGAUCCCAGGAAAGAAGAGCCCGGCCAGUGCUUCACAACAAAACCAAGAUGUAGGUUUUUUUACACGCAGUGGGAGACGUUAUGUUCCCGAGGGUACAGGAACCAAAAUUGCCGAAGAAAGAAUCCCAACAGUUGAGCAAAGGAAAGAAAAGACAGUCGGGUUCGAAUCGCCAGUCAAUGAGUCUGUAACCGAGAAUGAAGCCAGGGAAUUCUUAAAAUUUUUAAAACACAGUGAGUACAGCGUCGUGGAACAGUUACAUAAGCAACCGGCUCGUAUUUCGGUGCUAGCUUUACUUUUGAGCUCAGAAACGCAUCGGAGCGCGUUAAUGAAAGUGCUGAACGAGACAUACGUCGCGCAUGACAUCUCUGUUAACAAACUAGACCGCCUGGUCAACAAUAUCAGCGCCGACAAUUUUAUUUUCUUUAACGACAACGAAAUACCACCGGAGGUAUAG